AUGGCAGGCACUCCGCAGAGUCUGUUUGUCUCGAUCCAGUACCCACAAGCCAUUGGGACCCUCAGUGAAAGCACGCUGGACGAAUUACUAAGCUCCAUACAGCAAAGUCAACCACUGUACGGCUACGAGUGUUCUCUAUGUACUCUAACGGCUCCUGCCGGAGAGAGCGUGCCUGUGAACACCCCUUCACUCUACUGCAAGAAAGCACCACCCUACGUUACUACAAAGACAGAUGAGUUGCUUCCACUCAUUCUUGUGGAGCUAACCUUUGCAGUAGCAGUGUCUUCAGUCGAUGCUGAUAUCAUAGUAUCAACCAUAGAUGGACUGAUACGUCAACACUUGGUUCCAGAGAAAAGCAAUGUCAGCAUAAAGAUAUUGGUGACCAGUUUGAGUGGUGGACCAUCGCAGAAGGGAAUGUUUACAGCUAACUCUGGUCACUUACCUCCACCUUAUUAUCAUGUCUACGACAAGACUUUACACAGAGCAAACCAUUCUGUGGUGAUACUGCUGGCAAUCUUGUGCCUCGGUAUUCUGCUGCUUAAUUUUGCCAUCAAUUUUCAUUUUUUUCAAUGAAUAAAGUUUAGCUAUUAUUUGCCAAAGCGCC